UAAAAAUUAAUGCUCCCUCCAAGUGUCGUCACUUCCCCUACCAAGGCAACAUGGCUGCGUCCUUGGAGGAAGACGAUGAAAUUUUGAAGAGUGAUUAUUAUGCUCUUCUAAACGUCGACAAAAAAGCUACAAUAGAGGAGAUAAAUAAUGCUUUUCGUCAUCUGAGCAAAAUCUACCACCCAGACAAACAUGUUGAUCCAAUCAAGAAAAAAAAGGCUGAAGAAAUAUUUAAUAAACUCAGAAAAGCUCAUGAUGUUUUACGUGACAAGUCUCGACGCACAAUUUAUGAUAUGUAUGGAGAGAAAGGCUUGGAAACUGGGGAUAUGGAGAUUAUUGCUCGUACAAAAACCCCAGCAGAAAUCAUCGCAGAGUAUGAGAGGAUCCAGAAGGAAAGAGAAGAAAGAAGGUUGCAACAAAGGACCAAUCCAAGGGGCACCAUCACUGUGGGCAUAAAUGCUUCAGACUUGUUUGAUGCUGAAUAUGGCGAUGAUGAGCUCGCUGAUUACCGACCAAGUCGAUCAGUAGAGAUAAGCUCCAUGAGCAUAGCUCAGUCAGUCGAAUGCCCUCUGACAUUGAAAGAUACCAUUGUUGUUGGGGGCAACCUGGAUACUAGAAAUGGGAUUGGCCAGGGCAUGUUCAGUGUCAUGUGGCGAAGACUACUGUCCACCAAAGGAUGGGCAGAGCUUGACAUCCAUGUCGGCUCGGCAGCUGCUUUAGGAAUCACAGGCUUUAGACAAUUAACUCAGAGAUGUUACCUAAGAUGUUCUCUACGUUCAGAAUUUUCACAGCAUGGGUACCGUCCUUCUGCAGCUAUGAUGUUGGCCUACCAGUUUGAUAGGAACUUACAAGGUCGGUUGACAUACAAUCUGGCUCGGCCAUCAUCAGUCACAACCAAUAUCAUUUACAGUAAUGAACAGAAUAAUUUAUCUACUACACUACAACUUGGUAUACGCAAUAGUUUCUUCUCAAUGGCUUACACUAAAAAUCAUCUAGAUCAAAAUGCCAAAUACCGCGGGUCUUUCAGAGUGGGUACACUUGGCACUAUGGUGGAGGUUUCUAUAGAAAAGAAAAUCACAGAUUUCAGUCAUGUGGGUGGCACAUUGCUAGUGGGUGUGCCACAUGGGGUACAUUUAAAGCUCAAAAUGCUUCGGGGUCAGCAAACAUUUUUUUUCCCGAUCUAUUUGUCAGAUAAUUUAAAUCCAUCAGCUAUACUUUAUGGAGCAGCCAUUCCUAUUAUAUCUUACUUUGUCAUCAAGAAUUUAAUUAUUAAUCCAAUUCUGAAGCAGCAAAAACAAAAAGAGUUAGAGAAACAGAAAGAGGAUUAUGCUGAAAGGUUAGCACAAAAAAGGGCUGAGGCUGAGAAAGCUGUGGAGCUAAUGAAAGAGACCUAUGAGAGAUGUGUAGAAUUGGAAGAGAAAAAAUCUGGCCUUGUUAUUGUCAAGUCUGUUUAUGGCAAACUGCAGUCCAUUGAUGAUAGUAUUUUAGACAGUGCCUGUGUAGAUGUUACUAUACCAAUACAAGCUCUGGUGAAAGACUCUAAACUCAUUUUGCCAGAGACAUCUUCAAAAAGUGGUCUGCCAGGUUUCUAUGAUCCUUUCAUUGGAGAAGAGAAGAAGCUGUACAUCCGCUAUUUGUUUCGGGGCCGUUUACAUCAAGCAUUCAUUUCUGACACCGAGCCAAUCAGACUGCCACAACAAAAACACUUGAUAGUGGAGGAAAGGUCAAGAUCACCGCCAAGGCCUCCCCAGCCACCAGCUCAGGAAUCAUGACAUUGACUGCCCACCAGUUUAUCGUUUCCUUAUGUGUGAUUGGAGCCCCUCCCAAGUCUGCUUGCUGGUGAAGUGUGUCAGCACAUCUACUCCUCCACAUUUUUGUUCAACACUUUGUUCACUGCUUCAGGUUGUGUCUCAGCCAUACUGAUGAUUUUUUUUUAGAAUUUUAUGUGGUUUUAAGUGAACAAAAAAAAAAGUUUCAGAUAGGCAAAGAAAGGAAUUGCGUUGAGAGAAAUUAAGGUUUUAUUAGUGGAUAACAAGAACUUCAUUUUGAUACAUAUGAUUAAUACUAAUCUUGUUUAUAAAUGCUAAAUAUAAAGAUAUACAUCUCUGUGAUUAAUUAUUGAAGAAACAAAAGGCUCUUGAUUUAAAUGGAUCUGUUUUUUUUUUAUAUUGCAAACUGUGUAUGGUUGAUAUACCAUUGGUGUGAUACGGUGUACCUUAGGUGUAUAACAAGAAUGCAAUAAGUCGCCUUAUGAUGAGUUCACUAGCACUCUUGUUGUUGCAUUCCUAUGUUGUUGAAACACAAGAAAUAAAGGAUAAUUAUAUCCUCAACAUAAAACCAGAGAUUGUUUUAUUUUUAAUUACAUUUUUAUUAAAAGUCUAGACUUGAUCUGGGUUUUUUGUCUCACUACAAGUGAAGCUACUGAUAUUUCAUCAUGUGAUCAAUCUUCUUAUGUGCUCUUGCACUGGAGAAUUAAGAAUUUUUUUAUAGCGUAAAUGUGUCUGAAUUGUAAAGUUACUAUUUUAGUUGCUGACAGAAAUUAAGUUCUAAAGUUGUAAUUAAAUAUUGGACACAGUUCUUAAACAUUUGGAUUUGUAGGUAAACAUCUCAAAAAUUUAUAGUGUAUACGUUUGGUUUGUGUGGGACUUAUUCGGUCUGGAUAAGUUUCUUAGAAAGAUUCUUGAACUUCUGGUUUCAUUAUUGUCAUUAAGCAAAUUUGUACAAACUCUUUUUAAAAAAAAAAACAUAUUUAUUAACAUCCUGUUUUGGUAGUUUCAUAUUCUUCAUUUCAAUAAGGAUUAAGCUAAGGAUGUCUGCUGCAUGCAAUCUGCCAAGAUAUUUGAUGUGGCCCUGUUCAACUUGAUCUUUGUUACUGUCAUUUUUUUCUUCUCCCCCUUUGUGGACAGAUAAUGCUUGAACAUGUAGCUACAUUGAUGUAGAAAAUCUAUCAAUAAAAUAUUAACAGUUUGUUUCGCAAACUAUUGCUCAAGUUUUUAGAUGCAUUAUUACAUGCAGAUGUUUGCUCACAUUGAUUUCUUUAGAGAACAUCCUUGAACUUGGUAGCCUCCUUAUUGUAGUAAUUUGAACUAAUAAUCACCAAAUGGUUUUAUUAAAAAAAAAAUGUUGUACUAGAAAGUAGAGUACAUCGUAACAAAAAAAAAUACAUUCAUGUCUCCUUCUCAUGUUAUUUUUAUUUGUUUACAUUUUAUAUCCAACUUGGCAAAUAGGAAGCUUGAACUCCAUAGAGUACAUGUGAAAAUGGUAGUUAAGGACAUUGAAAUAUUAAAUUUAACACCCCUUGUUUCAAAGUUAUUGUUACAUGUUGAGCAUCGGUUUUGCAAUCAGUCAUGACUGUAGAAAGAUCAAACCACUAAAUGUCUUAACUAGGAAGAAAAAAGAAAAGAUUUUGUUUCGGUUUGGAUCAAACUUAGCAUGUACUUAUUUCUCUUUAUAGACCUGUCUUUAAAGUCAGCGAUAAGUUGAAGAGAAAAAAAAAACAACUUAUACUCUCACUCUGAACAUUUAUUUGUAAUCUGUUUUAAACCAUUUAUGAAUGAUGAGAUGAACAGUUUUGGAAAACAUACAAGGAAACAUGAAUGAUAUUCAUGAUAGACACAUAUCACAAGGAUUGUUUGUGAACUAUACAGCUCCUAUAGUUUCAUUGGUUAGUAAUAAUACAGCACUUGAUUUACUGUCACAGGGGAUGUGUUUUAUCUAAUUAUGAUUUAAGGACACAACUGUUUAACUCAUCACUAUGCAGACUAUAUGUGUUUACAACUGCAGACAAUAAUGUUUAUCCCUGGAGAACAUAGACUGUGGAUUGUGUGUUUCCUCAACUAACAUUGCUAUGUACUCUGAUGUGGGCUAGGAAAUGUGCCCACUCCUGAUUUGAAGACAAUUGUUGUAAGCUGAAUUAACUCUUUCUCUCCUAAUUGACGACACCAACGUUGAUUUGACCUCAUUAAAUUAAAAUAAUGUUUAUUUUUAUAAAUUUUAUUUUGUGUUAUAUAAAAAGAGCAUGCAUUUCCCUUUAAUUCUAUACCAACUAAAACAUUUUCUGAUAACAAACAACAAAGUUAUUGAAGCUUAAUCAUAACAAGGGUAGUGAAAUUGUAAUGAGCAAAAUAAAGAAUUCCAUCGAAGUGUGGAAAAAUAAUUACGGAGAGAAAGAGUUAAUUAGUCAUAUUUCAGUUUUAAAAACUAAAUCUUGACAAAUUUAACAUUUUAAAACCUCUGGAGAUUCAAUUCAUAAAGAAGAGAUGGUUAAAGCUUAAGUUUAUGAGGUAGUCAAUGGCAACUACCUGUACUUUCAGAUGCUCAGUAGAGCUGAGAGGUAAUACACUCUAUCCCCAGCUUUUCAAUUUUAAACAAUGGUAGAAAAAAUAUUGUUAUGUCAUAUAUGAGUAAAACAUCUUUCUGUAGAGCAGUUAAAGAAACAUCCAGUCAAUAUAAAGCAAUGAGUUUGUUUCUGUGGCUAACAUUUCACCUAGUUAGAAUUUGGCUAACAAAUGAUGGUUAUUGUACUAGUUGAGAGUUCAGAGACGUCACCUGGGAUUGAACUCCAGAUCUUUGGGUUCAGCAGCCAAACACUUAACUACCAAUACUCACCCACCACCCCUAGUACAAGUAAAAUUUUACAUCACUGUCACAUGUUUGAACACAGGAAUACAAGUGAAAGCGAAACAUAAUGAAACAAACACAUAAGGAACUUUAGUACCCAGUACUUUGAUUGUUUUUGAGAAAUCACUUGAUUUUUAUGGUUAAAGGACAUUGGGGCAUUUAUUUUUGAGUUAGCUUUCUAACCAUUCUGUUGUCCUUAGCAAUUUUGUCUAAUUAACAUACUUUGCGUAUUUACAUUAUCUGAAAAAUAAUAAUAAUAAUGCUGA